AUUGUAAAUUUUACAAAACGCGGGCUCAUAAACUUCCGACUUCAUUUGACUAGUGUUGAAGCUUGUACGUUGAAGGCGAAACAUGACAAAAAGAACGAUCAAAGAUGUAAAAAUUGUAGAUGUACAGAAACGAAAAAUACCAAGCAAGCACUAUGUAUAUGUCAUCAGCGUCACAUGGUCGGAUGGAAGUGUCAACGUUGUAUAUCGUAGAUACAGCAAGUUCUUUGAUCUCCAGACUAAAUUACUGGAGGAAUUCCCAGAUGAGGGAGGAGUAAAAGAUCCAUCAGCGAGAGUUUUGCCAUUCCUUCCUGGUAAAAUCCUAUUUGGGAGAAGCCAUGUGAGAGAUGUUGCCGUAAAAAGAAAAGAGCCAAUUCAAGAGUAUUGUUCUAAACUGGUUGAGCUGCCUCCAAAGAUUUCCCAGAGUGGUCUAGUGCUUAAAUUCUUUGAGCCGAAACCAGAGGACAUAGAGCUACCUUUAGAAAAAAAGAAGAAAAAGAAAGAGACAGCUGAUGUAAUCUCUGAUCCCGUGAGUCUGGAACAAUACGUUGCCAUUGCUGAUUAUCAGAAACAGAACAGAAAUGAGAUUACCAUGGUUGCAGGGGAUAUUGUGGAAGUAAUAGAUAAAAACGAAAAUGGUUGGUGGUUUGUGAAUCUUGACGAGGAACAGGGAUGGGUUCCUGCGGCAUAUCUGGAGUCAGUUGAUGGUCAUUCUGAUGAUGCAGCACCCAUUGAAGGGCCUACUGUAGAAGUUGGUCAGUACAUUACUACCACAUCUCACAAGGCGGAACUGGAUGACGAAAUCACUUUUGAGACUGGUGUCAUCGUAUCAGUUAUACAGAAGAACUUCGACGGCUGGUGGCUUAUAAGAUAUCAGGACAAGGAGGGCUGGGCACCAGCCAUGUAUCUCCGAAAGCCUGACCCGUCCCAGCUCCAUGCGGCUCAGGCAGUCGGGGGGUUACCCAGCAAGGAUCGUGUUGGGGCCGUCACAGCACCAGCGGCCGUGCGACCUGGGGUGAAUCCUGUAACAGGAAACAAAGGCAAAAGAGUUCCACCAAGACAAGCGUCGGUGCGGCGAUCAGUGAAGAAGCCCUUAUCAAUAACGAACUUCAGUUAUGGAAAGGGCAUCGAGGCGAUGCCCGCUUUGAAGAGUCCCGAUGCUGAAUACUUCACAGUAGGGGAGUUUCGUGCGCUUGGGAUCCAAUCAGGUCUUGACUUCUCGAAAGGAGCAUCCGUAGAAGUUUUGGAUAAGAAUCCAAACGGAUGGUGGUACGGCAAGAUCGACGGAAACGAAGGGUGGAUCCCAUCCUCUUAUCUAGGCAAGAGGGAAAAGAGUGUAAAGAAGAAAGCGACGACGUCGCCUAAACCCGCACGAUUCCAGGUUAUUGAUCCACCGAAAAAUGCUAAACCUGUUUUUGGAGAAUUGCACUCAAAACCUAAACCUGAGAGGCCUAAAAUCCCUGAUCAUAACAGAAACACUGAACAAAAAGAGUCACCUAAGCCUUUACGGUUCCAAAUCAUUGAUCCACCGAAAGAUACUAAACCAUCUUCGGGGAUAUCUACUUCUAAACGUAUUCCCGAGAGACCAAAACCACCGGAUCUGUCUGCUCGCAUGAAAGCGAGCCCACCAAAGGCGCAAGAACUAAGAACCAAACCAAAACCAGUAAUGCCUGACAUUCCAGACACGGGUUCCAAGCCAAAACCGGCGCGACCACCAGUAUCUAAGAAAAUUACAAUAAUUCCUAAUAAUGAAUUGUCGAAUUCUUUUCAAAAUGAUUUAAAAUCCGCGUUGAGAUCUGCUGGGCCGAGUGCACAUGGCGUUGAGGAGGUUUACGUUGCCAAGUCUGAUUACGAAGAUAAAAGCGAUGGCGUGUUGUCCUUUAGGGAGGGAGACAAUCUAGUUUUGAUGGAGAAACGUGAUGACGGAUGGUGGUUUGUGCGGAUGGGAUCUAAAGAAGGCUGGGUACUGGGGAGUUAUCUUGAGGCAAAAACACCAAAGGUAAACCAACCUCAUGGUAAACCAGGCUCACCUAAAGUACAACCAAGAGAUCUAAAACCUGCUCCUCCACCCCGACCCUCGCAACCAUACUACCGCAACCAGACUCCUAAACCCAAACGGGAUAAACCGGUGCCGAUACCCAGAUCCGCCCCGAAACCUGCUAAACCUGUUGGGAGACUCGAUGUCACACUUUUCGAGUCGAAAAUCCCAGUAGCUCCCCCUAGAGCCGAGAGUAAGGGUUAUGUUCCUAAGGACACUGGUUCAGGUAAAACUGGAAAUACGAAAGACGUUAUAAGCGGAGUCAAGUCUUUGUGCGUAGCAAAAAUGGAUUAUGUCCAUGAAGGCGAAGAUGCAAUGAGUUUUAGUGAAGGCGAAGAGUUUGAAUUCCUGGAAGAUUCUCAUUCAGGCUGGUGGCUAGUAAGAACCUUAUCCGGCCAGGAAAAUUGGGCACCAGCAAACUUCCUAGAAAUGAAAUCUCCAGAGUACGCCAAACAGGACAAACCGGCCAAACACGUUUACGUGGCCUUGGCAUCGUACCAUGACGAAGAUGAUGAUGCGAUUAGUUUUGAUGAAGGCGAUGAGAUGGAGGUUGUGCAGCAGGACGACUCGGGAUGGUGGCUCGUCAAGAUCGCCGACAAGUCGGGCUGGGCUCCUUCAAACUUUUUAAAACAGCUUUAGUUCCACACCGAGGCAAUAAGAGUAGAUUCACGCCGAUGUCAAUAAGAUAACACCAAUGCCAACAUGACUUAUACUUAGACUCACGCAAAUGCUAACAAACACAGAGUUUAGAUUCACGCCAAGGCCAAUAAGGUCAUACAAAUGCGAACAUAACCUAGAUAUAAACAAGCGUAAAGGUGAAAUUCAUACGUGCCAACGAGUUUUGAAUCAUAUUUUAAGAAUUGUAAUAAUGUUCGGCUCACACCUAUGUCAUUACCGUUAGACUAAGGGUUGUUGCAGACUGAUCAUAUACAAGGCGAUGCUUCCUAAGGUAUAACAUUACAUUGGUGUGGCUAGCCCUUAGAAAACGAGUGGGUCAUAUCAUUUUUUACUUAAAUUUUACCAUAUCUAUAAUUUUAAAAAAAUACAAGGACAUCAUCGGAGAAAAGUUGUCUAACGUAACAAUAAUAACUAGGGAGUAGAAAAGAGGACAUCCUUUAAUUACCACUAAGUCCACUAUCUUAUAUCUUGGAUCUUAUAUUUCCUUGCUUAAAAAAUGUUUAGUGUAUUUUUUGAUAUUUUAUUGCGAAAAUUCUUGGCAAUAUGCAAACAGUUAUUUAUGAUGCAUGAUGUAUCCAUCGAUUUUAUUUUCAGUGUGGCACAAUGUAAAUAAGAAUAAAAUCUAAAUUAUUUUAAUAAAUCGAUAAAGAUU